AUGAUAUUCUGCCCGUACUCACCCUUCUCACCGAGGUCGCGCGACCGUAAAGCGGCGCUCACCCAAUUCUCACCUGCCUAUUCUUCUUGCACUCGGUCUUUUCAAACCCCAAUUAUCUUGCUCUAUAUACCUCUCCCCCACUUAAACUGGGUGUGGAAAAUAGGGCUUCCCGUCCGCUCAGCCGUACUCAAGCCACACGCCGGUGAGUUAGUAGUUGGGUGGGUGACCACCAGCGAAUCCUCACUGUUCAUAGGCCCCGUUGUAGACCCCUAUACUAAUAAUAUUUUAGAAAUUAAGCUUAACGAGACAUUUGACAUGAUAAGGUCUGAAUUUAUCAAGGCCUGGGGAUCCUCGAGUUAG